CCCCAAAAAAAAAAAAAAAGAUUUUAAAAAAUCACUUACACAAACGGGAAAUAAUAACGAAAUUAUUUGAAUUUUUUGAGAUUGCGCAGUUGAUAAAACUCCAUUUAAUCCUGAAGAGAAGACGCCAGUUUUGAUUAUUUAUUAUUUACCUUAAUUAAUACCCACAAUUAACAGUUAAAUACCAUACCUGUCUUUACUCAUUUGUGAAUUGGAUAUGUUGUCGUAGAGAGAAAAUGACGUAAUGAGCUUAAGGAAAAGGAGGACUGAACAAACCUUCGCAAUGGCUGCCAAUUCAAUAACCGUUCAGUGGAAUGCUCAUUACUCUGCCCUUCUUCACUUGCUCAAAAAUGCGAGGAGAGAGGGUUGGUAUUGUGAUGCAACUGUCUUGUGCAACGGGAAGUAUUAUUCAGUACACAAGUUUGUCUUAGCAGCAUGCAGUGAUUACUUUGAAGAGAUGUUUGACAAGAUCAAUGGCAAACACCCCAUGAUCGUCAUGACAGACAUGAAAACAGCUCGUCUGGAGGCCCUGCUGUCCUACAUGUACGAGGGGGAGGUUGACAUCAUGCAGGAGGACUUGGCUGGGUUUAUGGAGACUGCUGAAGCCUGGAAGGUCAAGGGCCUGUCCAGCUCGAGCGACGAGCAAGAGCAGACAGAGGGGGGAAGGAGAGGCCAGAAUGCCCCGACCGAGAGGCCCAUCCCCAUGCCAGGCAUGGAUCAAGGGCAGGAGUACAACAAGAGGAGAAUGGCCCUGAACAAUGACUGGCAGAAGGCGAAGCGCAUGAAGUACACUGAAAUGAUCAGAGAUCUGCCCCCGAUUUCGGUCACGGAGGAGCCCUUUUCGCAAAAUACCUGUCGGGAAUUGGGCCACAACCCCAUCCCCAGCAUUGUCCCAGGCUCUGCUGUCAGUCUGAGCGCAUCCAUGAAAGCUUGCAAUGCCGCUGCGGAGGUCAAGAAAAAUGCUGAUCCUAAUAGAAGCCCAGGUGGUGUUCAGGCUCAGCGUAGAGGGGAGAGUCAGAACUGUGUGGAUGAUGUCGGGUCAGACGUUUCAGCUGAGGAUAUUAUGGUAGUGGAUUGGAAGUUAGAACCAGGAGAAGUAGUAGAAAAUUUUGGUACAUAUCAGGCAGCCCCUUUUGCAACUCCAUCAACUAGAUAUUCCCUUGACACCCCAAGUAACAAUGACUGUGUUCAAAAUGGUUCAAGUGACUAUCACCAAGUAAGAGGCAGACGCAAAUCGAAGACAGGAGGAGACAAGAGCAAUACGCAAAUCCAGGUCACACCACUGUCGUCAGUUCAGAGAGAGUGUGUUGAGUUAAGAGAUAUUCAGCAGCUGCAGGGUGCUGCCAAGCUGCCAAAAGCCCAGAGAAAAUACACAAAAGAUAAUGCAUCAUCUGUUGUCUCAAGCCAGCCAGAUACCCCAAAGAGGGCAGCAUCCAAGGGGAAAAGAAAAACUGAAGGUCCAAAGCAGAACCUCCUCACUGGGGGAAAGAGGAAAUAUACAAGAAAGAACACAAAGGUCAAGCAAACAAGUCCAAUUGGUGGAAGUAGACCCGAUAUGGGAAAGGAAGCCAUGCCAAAGAGAAAAGUCGGACGGCCUCGCAAGAUAAUCCAAUCUCCCGUUUCUAAUGAUGAGAGCACUCCAUCCUCAGUAAUGUCAAAGCAAACGGAUGAGAUUCAGUCUACGCGUGUUGGAGAAGGAGAGAGCAUAAGCUCUCCCCCAAACUCCAAGCAAGUGAAGGAUCAGAAUCUCUAUCCUCAGUCCUACAAGGAAAACGAAAAGUCACUGCCACCUGAAGUUUUACAACUGGAAACUGUAGCUCCUUUUAUGAGCUUGCAGUGUAGAAAAGAAAACUCAUUUACACCUCCUGUGACACUGGAACCUCCUCCAGAGCAAAACACAAACAGAUCGCAGAGCAGUGCCAAACGAUUAGCAGCAUCCAAAAGAAGAACGAGUUUACUGAGGCAGUUCCGAAAGGAAGCCCCCGUGGUUCCUGAAAAUUCCCAGCCAUCUUCAGAAGAAGAACAGAAUAAAAAAUCUCAGAGUGCCACACAAGUUGCGGGGAAAGUGCCGUGGAUUAACCGCAAGAAAAGAAUCCCCAACUCGAGAAGAUGGUCAAAACCAAAGAAAAAUAAGUCAUACAAGAAGAAGUUACGCAGAGGGAGAGCAAAAAAGUCUGGUAAGUUAUUGAAAGAAUCAGACACUUUAUCAGUAGAAUCUGGUAAAACAGAGAUGGUUUCCAAUAGAUUGUUAACAGGAUCUGAUGACAUGUCAACAGGAUCAGAUAAGACAGAACCACCUCCAAAGAAGACAACACUGGGAUCAACCUGUUCGGACACUGAAAGUUCACGUCAAGAGAAGUUGGUAGCACAAGGGGCAGUCCCUUCAGCAGAGGUCGCAGAAAUUGGAAACCAUGAGAACACGAGCCUCUCUCUUGAAGAAGGGGAAGUCCCAAAGGAAGGAAAUAAUGAACAUCAGAAGAUUUUGAGAGAUGAUGAAGUUGACAUCGGCCUCGAGACAGAGGACAGCAAACUCAUUCACUCGCCUGUUCUAUUUCGGCUAUCAAGUCCAACGCCAGAGAGGGAAAAACUCCACUGCAGUCAAUUGUCCACGAGCAAUCAUAAUGAUUCAAUUGGAAACACACAAAAAAUUUCUGAAAUUUAGUAUAAGAAGUGAGGCUGAAUUCUCACUUUCUUUAUCUUAAAAAAAAGUUAUCUGCAAUUGUAAUUUUGUUGAUCUUUCUUUGCUUCUUUCUCUCUUUCUUCCUGUACUCUGUCUCCUGUUGUGAAGUUUUUGAUAUCUAAGAUAGGUUUUUGCAGAAAAUAAAAUAUGACAUACAUGAUCACCCUUGUAAGCGAGACACUUGUCUUAAAAGAUUGGAAAGCUCCCAUGACUCAGAACCUGCACCUAUUUCAUAUUUAACAUAAAUUUUUUCAUCCAAGUCCUAAAUGAUUUAUUAUAAUCUUCUUCAUUGCAUUUUCUUAUCAUUUCGCAAGGGACACAAAGUGACAUCAUUGUCUGCUUUUGGCUUCACAAGACUUUUUUGUCUGUUCUUUGUCUUUGUUAUUUUCCUGAUAAGAAAAGAAAAUGAAAAAUCUACCAAAAAUAUAUGUAAUGUAUCAUAUAGAGAAUUUUUAGUUAGACAUAUGUGAAUGGUCUGUUAAUAUUAUGUUUUUUUUAAUUGUUUUUGGGUCUUAUUUUUAUAUACAUGUUAUUGAUGUUGAGUCAGUAUAUACUUAAGCACAAGACUAUUAAAUAAGUGUAGAAACAGUGUCAGUAUACGAAUAUUGUUUACCAAAAGCUUUUGUCUCUUGUUGAUUACUGUAUGUAUAGGUACAUAAUGAAAGGAAAAUUGUGAUAAAAGAAUAAUUCUCAACAAAUUUGACAAUCUGUAUGAAAUGAUUGUUGCUUUCAAAUAAUUUUAAUGCAUUAGAAGGUUCACUUUAUUUAAGAAGUAUUCAUUGGUAUUACUUCUGUUCUGUAUAUAUAUUAAUUUGAGUUGAAGAUUCAGAAUAUCUUAUAUGCUAUAGUGCUCUGUUACUUUUGAUCUGGACAAAAAAAUCUUUAUUCUUCAUACUGAUACUAAUGUAGAUGGAGAUUAAACAUUGGUUAAGUGCA